AUGGCUGAUAUAACUACUCUCAGCGCCUUUAUACUACCUUCCGAACAUCGCCCCGGUACCGAUAUAAUGAGUAAAUUAGUACUGCGCCAUCCUUCUGUCAGAAACAUUAUUGUCAAUGCUGUACUAGGCUCUGAAGCCUCUUCUCAAUAUGUCGAUCGGUCUACGGAAUGGCCAAGUGGACGAUGCUCAGAUGUGUUGUUUGCCCCCAUUGAAGUUACCAUUUCCUUACCUCCUGUUCUAGUCGAAGUUCAAAAUACAAUUGACCUCAAGUUUAUACAAAGAACCAUUGAAUACAGUCUUUCAGUUAUCAAAGAACAUGGUGUCUCACCGAUCGUUGUUGUCUUCGGUAUACAUCCCACAAAACCAAGCGUAGCCAAUGAUUUAAUACAAAGUGAUCAGAUACCAUUGUUUUGA